AUGAUAACAAUAUCCACUUUUGGUACAACGAAAAGAAAACCACUCCUUGAUUACAAUGGCCAUUCUUAUGUGAAAGACCGAUCAACAACUGAAAAAAUUUACUGGCGUUGUAGUAGAUACUCAACACAACAUUGUCGUUCUCGUUUACAUACAUGUAUUUUAACUAAUAAUAUUGUAAAACCACCAACUGAACAUUCAUGCACAUUUGAUGGUACAACAUUGGAGCUUCGAAAAUUCGAUCAACAACUUAUUGACCGUGCCAAGAGCACACAAGAAGCACCGGAUAUGAUUGUCACUAAUUGUAUUAAAGGUAUGUCUGAUCAAGCAGUCAGUCGUUUGCCUAUUCGCGACAAUAUAAAACGACGAAUCAGAAAAAUACGUUCAAAGAAUGAUUAUACAGCUGUACCAAA